UCGCGCUCCCAGCGUUCUCUCUCUUCUCACGCCUCCGCUCUUUCUCUGUCUCGUCCCCUCUUCCUCCUACCUCUUCUCUCACGCACCACCCUCCAUCCCGCCCCUCUUCUUCUCCCUAUUCUCCUCUUCACCCUUUUUUUCUCUCCCCAGCCCCUCCUUCCAAUCCGUGUCCACGAGCGUGUGUACGAAAGCAGUAGGCGAAGGGCAAUCAUUCUCUCUCUCCACUAUGAGCCAAGCAUAAAGGGGCCAACAUGGUACCUCCAUCUCUCUCGCGUCGGGGAGCGAAACACGACGAGUUUUGCAUAUCUGUGGGGUUCUUCUUAUAGACAUGCAACAUCUGUUACCUGCUCGAUUAGGAGCGUGAAACUACACCUGGAUCUCAUGGUAAACCAACUCAUCCAUUCUUUGGUUCAAAAGGAGCACCUUUAUAUGCACCAGCCCAACCAUCGCAGCUGUGUUGUUGACAUAACUUUCUGAUGCAGAGUAAAAAUUGGUGCAAUUAUGGUUGAGAGAUCCAAUUUCCCGUCCCCUUCAGCACCGACGGUGUGGAGACCUGGUAAAGCAGCAGUUGGUAGAAUGAAGUCCAAUUAGCAGCUAGGUAGAUAAAAGGCCACCAAGAAGUGGGAAUGCUUCUGUGAUGUUUGAAAGCAGCCAUGGUAUCCAAGAUCCUCCUUGUGAUCCUUCUACUGAUAUUAGUAGCCUCCUCCGACAAUGAGAUCAUCUUCAAUGGAUUCACCGGUGCAAACUUGAGCCUGAACGGCUUAGCACAGAUCACCUCCGGUGGGCUUUUGAUGUUGACCAACAACACAAAGGAAGGACAGGGUCAUGCCUUCCACCCUGCUCUGCUUCAUUUUAAGAACUCUUCCAAUGGUAAGCCUCUUUCCUUCAAUGCUACGUUUGUCUUUGCAAUCAGACCGGAGUACCCAGAUGCCAGCGGCCAUGGCCUGGCUUUCGCUGUCUCCCCCUCGAAGGAGCUCCCUGGAGCUAUGCCCAACCAACAUCUCGGUCUCUUCAACACAACAGAUAUUGGAAAACCUAUCGAUCAUAUAUUUGCGAUCGAGCUCGACAUAGUGAAGAACGUGGACUUCAACGACAUCAACGAUAACCAUGUUGGCAUCGAUAUUAAUAGCUUGACAUCUAUGAAUUCAUCUCCUGUAGCAUAUUUUGAUGGUAAGAGCGGUCGAUUCAAGAGUCUGAAGCUGAUCAGUGGAGACCCGAUGCAAGUUUGGAUUGAGUACAACGGCAUGGAUAUGCAACUGGAUGUUACCAUAUCUCCAAUCAACGUACCUAAACCUGAUAUUCCUCUUGUGUCUUCGAAGGUCAAUCUCUCAUCAAUAUUGUUUGAUGACAUGUACGCAGGCUUUUCUGCAUCAACAGGGUCAGCCACAGCGUGUCAUUAUAUUCUGGGGUGGAGCUUUAGCCUGAAUGGAACUGCUCAGCCACUUGAUCUCUCGAAGCUUCCAUCACUUCCUUACCAAGAAAACAGCAAGAAGAUAUCUCAUCUUCUAGCUAUUGCAUUGCCCUUAGUUGCAGUAGUCCUCUUGCUCCUCUCCAUAGCUGUGAUUUUCUUUGUUCGGAGGAAGAGAGAGAACUACGGAGAGCUAAUUGAAGACUGGGAACUCGAAUUCGGACCCCAUAGGUUUCUAUACAAGGAUCUCUUCAAGGCAACUAAAGGCUUCAGGGAAGAGAACCUCCUCGGAUUUGGUGGUUUUGGUCACGUUUACAAAGGUGUGCUGCCCACUUCGGCGACCGAAGUUGCAGUGAAGAAGAUCUCUCAUGAAUCAAGGCAAGGGAUGAGGGAAUUUGUCGCAGAGAUUGUAAGCAUGGGCCAGCUGAGGCACCGCAACUUGGUGCAGCUCCUUGGUUAUUGUCGGCGGGAAGGGGAACUCCUAUUGGUAUAUGAAUACAUGCCCAAUGGCAGUCUUGAUAAGUUCCUCUUCCAUGGAGAACAGCCAGCAUUGACCUGGAGUCAGAGGUUUCAAAUUAUCAAAGAUGUAUGUUCCGGGCUCCACUACCUGCAUGAAGGGUGGGAGCAGGUGGUGAUCCACAGGGACAUCAAGGCCAGUAAUGUGCUACUUGAUAGAGAAUUUAAUGGAAAGUUAGGAGACUUCGGACUAGCUAGGUUAUACAGCCGUGGGACUAAUCCUCAGACCACCCAUAUCGUUGGGACACUCGGUUAUCUUGCCCCAGAGAUCAGUAAGACUGGUAAGGCGACAACAAGCUCUGAUGUGUAUGCCUUCGGUGCUUUCCUUUUGGAGGUUGCUUGCGGGAGGAGGCCGAUAGAGUCUCAUCCUUCAGUGGAGGUGCCAGGCCUGGUGGACUGGGUUCUAGGAUGCUGGAAGAUGGGGACGAUUCUGGAGACCAGGGAUCCAAAAUUGGGAAGUGAUUAUGUCGUGAAGGAGAUGGAGUUGGUACUGAAGCUUGGCUUGCUCUGCUCACACCCCGAUCCUAUGGCUAGACCAAGCAUGAGACAAGUUGUGCAGUCCCUGGAAGGUGAUGCUCCCCUGCCUGCUAUGUCGACAGAUGCUCUGUUCACUAGCACUUCAACACAAAGAUAUGAUGAAUGCUUUGACGAUUUUCUCAUGUCAGGUCCAUCUAUAUCUGAUAGCACAAACAUAACAUAUCCACCACCAUUUGUCAGUGGUGGUCGUUAAUUGUAUAGUAGAUCUUGGUGUGUAACAAUAUAACUGUCUUGCUAAAUGUCAGAAUGUUUAGGCUGUUUGCUGAACAUACAAGUGUAGCGAUCAAUCCGUAGGUCUAUGUUCAGGAAUCGAGACAAAGAUGAUAUCUUUAUAGGCUGUGGGUUGUAUUCACGGUUUAAUAAUAUUCUGCAACAAUAAUAGUUGUCGACUGGUUGCUGUA